CCAAAGCUUUUUCGUUAUCGCACCUUAGCCCCACAUGCUCUCCCUCUCCUUUUUCUUCUGACAAUCUCUCUGCUUCGCCAUGGCCAUGAGAGCACAAACCAUAUGAAAAAGAACCCACUUUAGCAACAACACUAACAAGAAAAACCCUAGAAAAAAGGUUCACGACAUGAGAGAGCUUAAAAUAUUCACCGUCUCCGGAGUUGGUGGUCGGAAUCCAUGGCCGCCUGUGGGAGCUCCGGUGGAUAUCCGGCGAGAGGAACCGCCGUGGAGAUCCAACUCCUCCGACGAAGACUCUGUCAAUGCGGUGUCGUUUGGCUUCGUCGCCACCGCCAUUCUCAUCUCCAUGUUCCUCGUCAUGGCGAUUUUCGAGAGAUUGAUUCGACCAACCACUUCUCAGGACUCUCCAGGUCGAGUCCGGUCGGGUCUGGAUUCUCGGGUGGGGUUCAAUGGUGCUAAGCUUGGUUUCCAAUCUCCCAAGAUAGAUGUGUACUCGAAAGGGGUUUCGGUGUUGAUGCCAGGAGACGCAAUCCCGACGUUUAUAGCACAUCCAGUGCCUUGCCCUCCUCCUCAUCAGCAUAGUUCAUCCAGAGAUUCUUCUACGAGCUCCAAUUCAAACUCCAUCCAAGAAUGCUGAAACUCCGAGCUGUUUUUUUUUUUUUUUUGGUUUGUUCCUCGAGCCAACGAGAAUGAGUUGAGUUUGGCAAUGGAUGAAUCCUAUCCUUCCAUGGCGGUUUUUUCUUCCGGAUCUUUCUCUCCGUUGCUCGGGACAGGAAAAGUAAGUCGGGGGGAGAUUAUGUUGGAGUGUUUUGUGUAUAUAGAGAAUUAGGGUUGGUAACUGCCCUGUCUUUAAGCAUACAGCUUUAAGUUUUUGAGGUUCUCUGUCCAUUUCUUGUUGUAAGUGAUGAGUUACAGAGAACCGUGUUCUGUUUCUUCUUUUGGCUCUUCAUUAUAUUGGGUUUGCAGUGAA